UCACGCUACUUUCAAUAAAAGGUAAACACAAUAAUAAGAGGUGUUCGAGAAAAAUAUUUUUUUAAUGAUGAAGUCAGAAAAACUGAAAAGGAACUUCUGGGUUUCUGCUGAAAUAGAAUGCAUGCUUGACUUGAUAAAGGAAGUAAAUAAAUGCCAGGGAGCCCUGUCCACAAGCACCACACAAUAUACAUUCGUUCAAAUCGCCAAUCAGAUGAAAAAGCGAGGCUUUCCAAAUAAGUCACCAACUCAAAUCCGAAGAAAAUGGUUUCAAAUGAAGAGUGCCUAUUUAUGCUAUAAGAAGGGGAACGUUGAUCGGCUUUUCCUGAUACCUGAAAAAUUCCGCAAUGUCAUUGCCCAGUUUGUAGAAAGCGGUGAAAAAAUUGGCCGUUCGAAUCUGUCAACAAUUUCAACAGGAAAUCCUCCGUUAGUUCAACAAAGUCAGGAAGAGGAAGAUACUUCAGUCAUGGAUAAAUUUCUGAAUCAAAUCCGUAGAAACAAUAAAAUGAUAAAUUCCGAAUAUAUAAAGAUGGAGGAAUCGCUACAGCAGUUCGAACAAAAAUGCCAAUUUAUUCGCGACCGAAAUCUAAUAAGGAUUAUUGAUAGCUAUUAGUUAAUCAUGUUUUUAAUUAUGUACAAACAAUAAUAUCCAUCGUUCUAUAUAAAAUAUAAUUCUUGAUAGUUAAGAGUAAAAAUAAAAUACAAUUUAAUAUGA